AUGGUGCUCGGUGUCCAGCUUCACUCCCAAACCGCAUCCCGAGCGUUUGCGGGGCGGAGGGGCCCCAGGGCGACGGCUCCGGAACAGACCCAGGCGGCUCCGGUCAGCAGCAGCCCCUCUGCUUUCUCACAGCGCGGGGACCCCCAUCCCCGCCAGCCCCAUCUCACUGUCCCUCUCAGGUCCGAGGAGACCGUGGAGGACCGCGUGGCACCAGGAGCUGCCAGGAGCCAGGGCGACUUAGAAGAAUACGGGAACCUGGCGUCCCGCGGGGACGCAGCCCCAGGAGAGGUGAGGCCACCCGAGGGCUGCCGCUGCCAGCAGGUGAGCUCAGCCCAGGCGUCCCCUCCGCAACCAGGCCCGGAUCCCUGCCUGGCUCCCGGAGCCCGGACUGUGCCUUCCGCAAAAGGGCUGCGCUCUAGAAAGUGGCCUCCACAGUGCCCUACCAGGCAGCAUGGAGUCGGCAGUGGCAGCGUUUCUAUCCGACUCUGCGGGGCUGGAUGUGAAGAGGACUGUCCCAUCCCGCUGUCCUCCAGGAGCGGGACCUUUCUCCCCGCAGACUUUGCUGAAGACGCGGCCCCCUGGUCAGGGGCAGAAAACAGAUCCAGGCCGCCCCGCUCCUGCUGGGUGGUGGAGAAGGUGGAGGGCGGGCAGGUGCUAAGUGCUACUGUGAAAAUAAAAAUCAUCAUAAUAAAGAACGAAUGGGUUUCGAAUUUGAGCUCAGAGGUGUUGAGCAGCCUGUGCGAGGCCACAGAGCUCACAGCAGGAAGGACGCCCAUAGUGACAGGGACAUCUGACGAGGGAGCGCCCUCCUCUGGCUGGAGGGUGGGGCAGCAGCAGCAGCCAGGCUUCAGGCAAUGGGGUGAAAUGAGGGCCCCGGGAGCUCCCCAGGUGGAAGAAGCACAGGAUGCAAGUUCUGGAUUCGCACAAGGAUGCAGCAGAAAUGCCUACAUUCUGUUCAGCUCCAUUCCGCAUCCUGAUAUGUCUACCCCACCCCACUUUAAGGAGAAAACCAGCUCACUGACGUCUGCCUUGGCCAGUGGCACUGUGGCCCCAGCACCACCUUACCCAUCUUUAGAAGCUUUUCCAGAAGAGGAGCGAGAGUCCAACGCCGACACAUGUCCACAAAGGUCCCCUGGUCCACCAAGAGGGAGAAACUUGUCACCAGGCAACGGUGGCAUACACUGA